GCGAAGCAUGAACCCAUCGCUGAUAAAACGAACAAAUAGUCAUAUAGACAUGGAUCCUUCUCCCGAGUAAAUUCUCUCUACGAAAUUCUCUCUCUAGAUUACACGAUGUUGUCACUGGCGAUUCAACCGAGUGUUAAUGGUUCUUUGAAACCCUCAACAUUUGCAUUUCCUACUCAGAAAAUCGUUUCUAAGCCCUUAAAAGAAUCAAUCUUUGUGAAGCCAAACGCAUCUUCGUUCCAAUCAUCAACGCUUUCUCAGUUAAAAAUCAAUCGCAGCUCAAGAAAAUCUGUUCUAUCGGCUUCUUCAGCAGCCACAGCCGAAGCUGUUCCAGAAGGAGCUCUCGCCGAGGACUCAACCUCUUCUACUCCACCUGAAAAAGAGAAGCUGGGAGUGGUUGUGAAGACAAUGGGGAAACCAAGACUUGUAUUGAAGUUCAUUUGGAUGGAGAAGAACAUUGGUAUUGCACUCAACCAGGUGAUACCUGGCCAUGGAACAAUUCCUCUGAGUCCCUAUUACUUUUGGCCUAGGAAAGAUGCUUGGGAAGAGCUCAAGGUGAUGCUAGAGAGUAAGCCGUGGAUAUCUCAGAAGCAGAUGAUCAUUUUUCUCAACCAAGCUACCGACAUCAUCAAUUUGUGGCAGCAAAGUGGCGGUGAUUUGGCGUAAGCUUUCAAGUAGGAAAUUUUGUCCCUUCAGAAUCUAAUCCUGUAGGGUGCUUGUUAGUAAAAUUUAAUUGUGUUGUUGAUGUAUGUUGCUUUAAAAUUCUUUGAAUUGCUCUACUUGCUCCUUUCAUAUUUUAAAGUGAUAUUUGUUCUAUUUAUUAUGCGUUAAUGUGAACUAUAUGUUCUUGAUUUGCUAGAGUUAAGGAACUCACACAACAUUGUUUUCCUUCAUGAUGAAAUGUUAUUGUUUUUCUUCA